AUGUCCGACGCCGGUGAUAUCGAAGUUGAGAACGUCGAGUCCUACAACAUCCUCCCCAAGGAGGUCGCUGAGGACCUCGGCACCGUCAAGCUUUUCGGUCGUUGGGACUACGACGUCGAAGUGCGAGACAUCUCUCUCACUGAUUACAUCUCCCUCCGCAACCCCGUCUACGUCUCCCACUCCGCUGGCAAGUAUGCCGCCAAGCGAUUCCGAAAGGCCAACUGCCCCAUCAUCGAGCGUCUCACCAACUCGCUCAUGAUGCACGGCCGCAACAACGGCAAGAAGCUUAUGGCCGUGAGGAUCGUUGCCCACGCCUUUGAGAUUAUCCACCUCAUGACCGACCAGAACCCCAUCCAGGUUGCCGUCGACGCCAUCGUCAACUGCGGCCCCCGCGAAGACUCUACCCGUAUUGGUUCCGCCGGUACCGUCCGCCGACAAGCCGUCGACGUUUCUCCCCUCCGAAGGGUCAACCAGGCCAUCGCCCUCCUCACCACUGGCGCCCGCGAGGCCUCUUUCCGCAACGUCAAGUCUAUCGCCGAGUGCCUCGCUGAGGAGCUGAUCAACGCGGCGAAGGGAAGCAGCAACUCGUACGCCAUCAAGAAGAAGGACGAGCUCGAGCGUGUGGCCAAGAGCAACCGAUAA